CAUAGUACAACUAUAGCGUACGUAUAGCUUGAGCCAGCAGAACGACGAGUAGAAUCGUCUGAGCCGGACGGAAAACGACUGCUGCACAUCCAAUAACAACAACACGUCUUGCAUUAUACAACUUUCGUGGUCUUCGAUCGUCUCGUUUCCACGAUGCUGAUAAUGUUGCUAAUACCAAGAUUACUGGUUGCAGUGGUCGUGAUGUUGAUUGUUACCGACGUCGGGGUGAUCGCGUGGCGCUGGCCUUCAUUUAGCUGGUGGACGAAGGUCCCCCGGGUGAUUGUACACAGUCCACCGAUUUAUGAACAGAAUACCUAUGGACCCUUUAAACCCGAUUCCUCAGGGAUUUUCGGCUUCGGUCAAAAACUCAGCGAUAAAUACAACGAUGGUCCGGAUUUAUCCUCAGAGAAUAGCGGCUUUGGCCACAACCCCAGCGAUAAGCACAAGAAUUACCAGGAACUCGAGAAACUGAUAAUGUCGCUAAGAAAAGAUCGCCAACGAUCAACUCCACCUACUUCCGAUAACCAGAAGGAUAUAUUCUCAGAAAAUAGCGGCUUUGGUCCUAAACACAGCGAUAGUUACGGCGAUAAGAUGGAAGACGCUUUUCUGGAUUUCCUGAAAGAGAAAAGGACGCCAGGAGCAGCUCGCGGACGAUUGAUUACAUCUGCUCCCGUUAACCAGAAGGCAACCAAUGAACAAUCUGAAAGCCUGGAGGUUACAACCAAAGACACCAUGGUUGAUUUAUACAAAUCAUUGCCAUAUUAUGCAAGGAUGGAUUCGCUUCAGAAGUGGUUUAAGUCGAACAAUUCGAUGAACAAAGCCCACGGACAAGUACUACCAACAAUCCCCGUGGUUCAAAGUAAGCUUAACACCACUAGUGAACAACCUCAGGAUGCAACCAAAUCCGCCAUGGUUACGACAGACACUCCGUUGGUGGACGAGCUACAGGACCCUUCGACCAACCUCGGAAAAGGUCUCGGACUAUUAAUUCUAUCAGAUCCCGUUAAGUGGGAGGAAUCAUCCACCUGGAAUUUUACUAAAACCUCAAGUGAUACACAGUUUAAGACACCGGGAGCAACUGUGAAACAUAAUCUCCAGGAAAAGGAACUGCAGGGCACCAAAAAUCUCGGACAACAGCAGUUACCAGCUGAAAACUAAAGAUGAAAUUCUGAAAUCGAAGUAGUUCUAUGAGAUCGGUUGGAUCGGGCAACAUUUCAAUCCCAAAAUCUGUACCUAUAUUGGCCGGUCCCAUUUAUAAUUUUAACCCAAACACUUAAAAACAUGUAUAAUAACAAAUGUAUAAAUAAUACAAAUUUUAUUACCGAAUUGUAUUUACCUAUUGUUACUUUAACGGACAAGUUAUGAGGAAUUUUUAGUUUGUAUGUAGUUUAAUAUUGUUCUUCAGUCAUAUUUAGUUUGAAUAAAUAAAUUACAACAUAAAUACUGUUAGCACUGAUAGUAUUAUGAUA